AUGUUCGGUCUCAGUACCAGACGGUCCGCCGUCGCUCGUUCGAAAUGCCUCUCCAGCACCAUCAACCGCGCCACCACACAGCAGCACCCGGCCCUGUCACCGUCACUGCUCGCAAGUCGGGACUUCCACAACAGCCCCACCAAUGCAGCUCACCCUCCUCCGACCUGGCUGCCCAUGCGGGUUAAGACCCCUUGGAUCGAGGCCCUGACCAAGAGCCGCGAGGCGGCGCAAUCGGGACAGGCUGGUGCGCCUUACACGUCGGGGAAACCCGAUCUGACGCCCAAGAGGAUGUCGGACAGUUACUACAAGGCUGUUCUCCCCCUAGCGCAAGAUAAAUGGCUUCUGGACACAUAUCUUAAUGCCUCGGGUCAUAUCAGACUCGGAUCCUUGCUGAUGGAUCUCGACGCGCUGGCCGGCGUCAUCGCCUACCGACACACAGGCGACCACGUCACGACGGUGACCGCGGCUGUGGACCGCAUCACCAUCGAGCACCCGUUGAUGGAGAUCUGCGACCUCGAGCUCAGCGGCCAGGUCACCUACGCGACGGGGCGGUCGAGUAUGGAGGUCUCGCUGCAGGUGGCCAAAGCCCCGCCGGCCGGCGAGGAAGCGAAGCCCGAGGACGUCCUUAUCACUUGCGCGUUCACGAUGGUGUCGCUGGAUCCGGCCACCAAGAAACCCGUCCCCAUCGCGCCGCUCCUCGUCGAAACCGCCGAAGAGCGCCUCCUCUACAAAAAGGGCGAGGAGAACUCGCGAGCCAAAAAGGCCCUUCGCACGCGGAGUCUCCUCGAGAAGGCGCCUAACGAGCGCGAAAGUAACCUGAUCCAUGCCAUGUGGACGAAGGAGAUGUCCUACCUGAACCCCUCCUCCCCGGCCAUCCGCCCCUCGAACACCAUCGCAAUGAGCGACUCGGUCCUCAAAUCCGCCAUGAUCAUGCAGCCGCAGGACCGCAACCGCCACAACUUCAUGAUCUUCGGCGGGUUCCUGCUGAAGCAGACCUUCGAGCUGGCCUUCUGCUGCGCCGCCUCGGCCAGCCACGCGCGCCCCAACUUCGUCUCCCUGGACCCCAGCACUUUCGAGAACUCGGUGCCCGUCGGCAGCGUGCUGUACCUGCGGGCCACGGUCGCGUACACCGAGCCCCUGGAGAUCGGCGGCAGCCCGUACACGAAGGUGCGCGUGCGCGUCGACACCAAGGUGCGGGACGUCGAGCACGGCUCCAAGAAGCCCACGGGCAUGUUCAACUACACGUUCCUGGUGGAGAAGGACGUGCAGGUGAUGCCGCGUACGUACAGCGAGUUCAUGGUGUGGACGGACGCGCGCCGGCGGUCGGAGAACGCGGCGGCCAUGGCGGCGGCGCUGGGGGCGCGGGAGCCGAGUGCGCUGCGCGGGUUGCGGGAUAGUGUGACGGAGUAGUUCCGGCCUGGAAUCUGAGGACUCUGAGGAGUAAAGGCUAUGGCUUGGGGGAGUUGGAUGAAUAUACAUGACUGACUGACUACUUGUAGUAAUCGGAAUGGAUGGCGGGAUUCUGUGCCCGUACAAUGCUUGAUCCUACUGUACUGUACAAUAUAUGGAUGGUUGGGAACGGAACGGCUCAACCUAGCCCUUAGACAACUCCAAUGGAAAAUCACCUCUUGAAAAGGGGGAAAGAAUUACCACAAGAGCCAGGAUACGGACAAUUAAUGGUCUUCCGUCAUCCAGCCUGGCUGAAAUUGUACUCUCCCGGAUUCAGGCACCAAACGGAACAUCGUCCUCUCGCCCGAGAGGUGCGAAGUGCGUCAUGCGUCAACGUGAAGUCAUCCAUCCUGACCCGGAUAAUACCGAGUUACUCAUAUCUAC